AUGCAUCAUGCGAUUGCGAUUGCAAGCUCGCUUCGAAGAACAGCGAUAGCAUCCCAAAGAUGCUCCCCAUUCUUAUGGUACGCCGGAAGCAGGGCGUAUCAUGCGACCCCAUACGGAUCCCGACCAAGUCUUGAGCCGCGACUAGAAGAUCAUGGAAGAGUUAUUCACGAUGAGUACUCCAUCGUCCGGGAUCAUUAUGAUGUUCCGAAACACCCCAUUGUUCUGGCUCAUGGCUUGCUCGGGUUUGAUGAGUUGCGGCUUGGUGGCCGUUAUCUUCCCGGCGUGCAGUACUGGCGUGGCAUCAAGGAAGCAUUGACAGCGCGAGGUGUCGAGGUCAUCACAGCUACAGUACCUCCGUCAGGCUCCAUUGAGGAUCGAGCGAAAGAACUCGCCAGAGACAUUGAGGCUGGCGCACGAGGGAGGGAUGUGAAUAUUAUCGCGUAUGUUUCUAUUGCCCACAACAAGAUCCCGAGCCUCGAUUCUCGAUACAUGAUCAGUCGAAUUAGACCGGAGAAGUUUAAGGUCUUGUCGUUAACGACGAUUGCAUCGCCACACCGAGGUUGGUCAGUUCAGCACCUACAUUUACUUCAGGCUGACUCUUUCGCAGGCUCUGCUGUGGCGGACUACGUGUUUGACCAAAUUGGAGCCGAUGUCCUCCCCCAGAUCUACUAUGCUCUCAAUCGGUUGAAAGUCGAAACAGGGGCAUUCUCACAACUCACUCGGAAAUACAUGAAUGAGACUUUUAACCCAAGUACCCCGGAUGUGGCAGAUGUCCGAUAUUUCUCCUAUGGUGCUGCAGUUCAACCAAGUAUAUGGUCUGCAUUUCGACUGUCUCAUCGAAUUCUUGAACAAAUCGAAGGACCAAACGAUGGUCUAGUCAGCGUAUCCAGCAGUCGCUGGGGAGGAGAAUCGGGAUAUAAAGGAACGCUAAUGGGCGUGAGCCACCUGGACCUCAUCAACUGGACCAACCGACUGAAGUGGAUAGCCGGAGAGGUUACCGGUAACAAACGAAAGUUUAAUGCCAUUGCAUUCUACUUGGACAUUGCAGACAUGCUGGCAAAGGAGAACCUAUGA